CCGAGCACCUGGAACCCUUGGGCACGGGUACUCCCGCCUGAUGUGCAGGGCUCCGUCCGGAACCGCUGCCUCUCUACUGGCUCAGCUCAUCAAGGAGGCCUGGCAAGCUGUCGGUAAACAACCGGCCUUUAGUUUUCAGGUGGCGAGUCUGCUUGGAACGCGUGCAAGCCAAGCCACAGUGCUGCUUGGAUUUUUAGAUUUCUCAAUAGCAAUGGAGAUGGAGUAUACCGACCAAGAGACCCAGCUGGCGGCAUCAACUCCCACCAAUUUAUCUGACUUCUGCCCAGGCUCUGAAAUGCCAACUAUGUCAAGGCCUGCACUUGAUGUCAAGGGUGGUGCCACCUCUGUGAAGGAGGAUACCAACCAGGAGAUGAACUCUCUGGCCUACUCUAAGGAUCGUAAAGCAGUGACCAUCCUGCACUACCCCGGGGUCACCUCGAAUGGAGCCAAAGCCAAUGGGGUUCCCAGUAGCCCCUCUGGAUCAGCAUCUCCAAUAGGCUCUCCUACUACCACCCCUCCUACCAAACCGCCAACCUUCAACCUGAACCCCUCCCCUCACCUGCUGGCCAGCAUGCAGCUGCAGAAGCUUAACAGCCAGUAUCAGGGGGCCGCAGCGGUGGCUGCUGCUGCCACUGCUGCUGCUGCUGCUGCCACUCCAGGCCAACCAGGGGAGGCAGGGCCCCCACAAAACUGGGCCUUUGGGGCCCAGGCGGGAGCUGGUGGGUCAGCCUCUCCUCCUGCUGGUUCCCAGAGCCCUGCUAUCAUUGAUUCUGACCCAGUGGAUGAGGAGGUGCUGAUGUCUCUGGUGGUAGAACUAGGGCUGGACCGAGCCAAUGAGCUUCCUGAGCUGUGGCUGGGGCAGAAUGAGUUUGAUUUCACUGCAGAUUUUCCCUCUGGCUGCUGAUGCCAAGAGUCCCUAAAAAUUGAGGAACAAAGCCACCAAUUCUGUUGUAAAUAAAAGUUACUUGCAAAGAU